CAGUUACAGCCCAGUUGCUAAGGGAAGGCAGGCGAGGCACACAGGACGAGAGCAUAAAAAUGACUAACUGCAAAAAGAGGCUGGGGUAUGAGUGCUUUUGAAGAUGAGUUGAAAAGCACACAAGAGAAAAAAAAGAAGAGGGACAGAGGAUGACGCUCUAGUGGAAGGUGGCUACAGUAGGCAGUGGGCGUGUUCUUCUUGUUGUGAUCUAUAGUUGGGAAGCCCAGUGUCAUCUGCUUAAGCACAGUGUGAGCGUGCAGACCUAUCUGUCUAAGCGGGACGGAGGGAGCAGGCAGGGAAUGCCUUACCUGGAAAUGCACAUCACUUUGCUCUACCUCGGUCUGAACCUUGAGGGCACUGUGGAUAAGGAUUCCUUUUACCCGGGCAGCACUUUGACAUGUUAAAGCAGAAGGAAAGACAUUCUGGAAAUUAGAAAGACUUUGAGUGCCUGGUCUGUAACUGCAAGUGGGAGCUUCAUGUCAGAGCGUGUGAGUGUGUUAGUGUGCAUUUGCGAGAUGUAUGCGGGUGCGGUCAGCUGCUAUGCUGCAUCUUCCUUCCAUCUUUAGCAUGUGCAGAUGUUUGAAGAAGUGAAGCUGACAUCUGGCUUGAACUGUGGAAACAUCUGGAUUGGAGCGGACGCGUCUCCCUUUUUUGCCCAGGGAAGGGAGCACUGGGCCGGGUAUCCAAUGGCCCGGCUCCCUUCUGGCACCAGCCUUAUCCUGGGUCACAGGCAGUCUUUCUAGCUGGCCAAUCAGUUGGACCAUACAAUGGAUAGAAGUCUAUGUGGCUUUAAGUGGAAUAGUGCACUGGUGCUGCAGCAUAGCUCAGAGUUCAUUAGUGUACAGUGGACUUGUCAGGGGAAGACAGACCUCACAUUGGUCCACAAACCAGUAAGGACACAACCCUAUUAAUGCAGUGGAAAUACUUGAAGAAUGAUGAGCUCCAAAGAGGAGGAAACUCUCAGCUUUUUCCAAUAUGUUGAGGAGAAUGGCCUGAGAGCCUACAACGGCCUGGUAGCUCAGAACUUGGACCACGCCAGGAAUGAGAGAAACAAGAUAUUCCUGAAGGAAAAAAACGAGAAGAAGAGAAAACAGGAGGAAGCCAUAAGGAGAUCGGGUGAGGAGAUAGCAACUGAGGGCAAGCACUUGCGUAUGGGCUUAAAUACCAUGCCAGACCCCCAGGAACGCAUGCCCGUGCCCCACCUGCACCCUAUCGCCUGUGGGCAGGGCUUCUCAGUACGCUCCCAGUCCCUUCACUCGGUCGGUGGUGGGAACACUGGGGGUGGAGGAGAGGAGGAAGUGGGAAGUCCAACUUCUAGGAAGCAGCCCCCGCCUAAGCCCAGGAGAGACCCAGCCACCAAGCUGAGCAUGUCGUCUGAGGCAGUGGACCAUAGUCCCAUGUCCACCUGCCGCGGGGAGCGAUGUGACGUUCAGGGAUGCAGUGAGGACUGCAGGAGGGUGCCACCACCCAAACCCAAGAGGAACCCCAACACACAACUGAGUGUUUCCUUUGAUGAGUCCUACAUUAAGAGCCAUGGAGGCAGUGGGGUUUGCCCCUCCAAACCCCUCCACCAUGUCACUUCCCCUAACGAAUGCAACCCAUCACCUUCUCAAAGUGAUGACAGCCCUACUGAUGACUGUGAAGACGAACCUGUCUAUAUAGAGAUGGGUGGGAUUGAUGUUGGAAUGCGAGAACCCUUGAAGAGUGAGGAUGAGGAGCCAGAUGAGUCUGUGUACGAGGAGAUGAAGUACCCAGCUCUGGAUGACAUGGAGUACCGCACCGACCCUGUAGGAUGUCGUUCUGCGUGCCCUACCCCGGCACCCUAUGAACCUGAGCCUCUCAGCCGCUGCUCCACACCUCGAAACAUUCCACUGUGUGACAUUCCUGCACCCUUCCCCAAUUUACUCACUCAUCGACCUCCACUGUUGGUGUUCCCACCAGCGCCUGCCCAGUGCUCACCUAACUCAGAUGAGUCUCCCCUCACCCCUUUAGAUGUAGCCAAAUUGCCCAUGCUGGAGAACCAGUCAUACAGCAAAUCUCCCACCUCUUCCACCGAGCCACCCUCCUCCGCACACAUCCGUAGGGAGCUCACAGCCACCCCAACUCUCACUGUCUCUGGACGCUCCUCUGCGCCUCCUCUGCCCUGUACCCUUUAUAAAUCCUCAUCAUCAUCUUCCUAUCAGCGUAGCCACUCUGCUUGUCCGUCGCCAGUCAGCAUGGGUCGCUGUCUCACCCCUCUCAGCCUCAUGCGUACACCUCCCUUUGAUGCUCCAAUGCCAUUCCCUGGGGGUCUGCCCCGAAGUGCUUCUGCUACACCGCAUGGAAAAGGCUCGCCACCUCAAGAUGGUGUCGGACGACUUCACGGGUCUAUGCAAAAUGUAUCAACAGGCCGCUCAAGGACACCCACCAGCCCUCUGGAUGAACUAACCAACCUGUUUACGACAGGCAGGAAUAUGCUAAAGAAAAAUUCCAGUGGAAGAAAAUCCAAGGAGCCAGGAGAAACUGAGUCCAAAAGUAAGUCUCACAGUGAGUCAAAGCGAGAAGGCAAGGAACGUCACAGUCACAGCAAGGAGUCCAAGCGUGAAUCCAAGGAGCGUCACAGUAAAGAGUCUUCACAUAGAAAAGACAGAGACAAAGACAGAGAAAAAGACAAAGAGAGAGGAAGCAGCAAUGCAGAGCCUCUGCCCCACAGACGAAAUAGUAAAGACCGUACUUGUAGCAAUGUAGAUGCACAGCUGGUUCGCAGGGAUAGCAGGGACCAGGCCUGCAGCAAUGCAGAGCCCAUCCCUGUGAGGCGGGACUCCAAAGAUAGGGGCAGCAGCUCCAUAGAAACAAUCCCUUUGAUAAGAAAAGACUCCAAGGACAGAGGGAUUAGCAAUGGUGACCUAUUACCAAGGAGAGACAGUAAAGAUCGAAGUGGGGGACAUGGAAUGGAGUCUUUGCUGAGACAGGAGAGCAAAGACAGAGACAGACUGCUUGAUCAGCCACCUGAGCUGUUGCCAAGGCAAGACAGCAAGGAAAGGGCAAGAAAUCCUGUAGACUACAGACAUGAAAGCAGAGAGAGACUGGAUCAGCCACCUGAACUCUUACCCCGACAGGAUAGCAAAGAGCGAGCCAGAAAUGGUGUGGACUCAAAGCACGAAAGCAGAGAUAGGCCCCCUGAGCUUCUUUCCCGACAAGAGAGCAAAGACAGGGUUAGAACCGGACCAGAAUACAGGCAUGAUAGCAAAGACCAUCGUCCCGAUUUGUUACCCCAACAGGAGAGCAAAGAGAGAGAAAGGAAUGACACGGAGCACAAAUAUGAAGGUAGAAUAGAUCAGCCACCAGAGAUCCUUCCCCGACAAGAAGCAUCCAGAAGCAGCAACAGCAGGGACAGAGUUGGUUCCAACUCCGAAUCCAGGUAUGAGGGGAGAGAUCGAAGCUGCCACAAUAGUGGAGAUCUUCCUCCUCCUCCUUUAUCCAGGCAGGACAGCAAAGAUCUGAGCAGAACUGGCCUUGAAGUGAGGCGGGACAGCAAAGACAGAAGUUUGAAUGGCUCAGAGCAUCAUCAUUUUGACAUCAAGAGCACCAAGAGCCCUUCAUCAGUGGAAUACAGGUGUGAUAAUAAGGAGCGAGGAUACAGAUCAGAUGGCACCCCCCGACGAGAUAACAGAGCAAAUUACAACACAGACCAGUCAAAAGCACAAGAGAGGAAUGGCAGCACAAUAUCAGGACAGCAUUCAUCAACAACAACACCCACUCAUCACGGAAGGUCAUCAGGUAGCCCUCCGAUGACCAUGGGAACAGGAAAUGAUCUGAAAGCAGCAUCUAAGUAUGCCCGCUCACCGUCUAAACCUGCUAAUCCUUCCCCAGUGGGAACUCCACAAAGGAGGGCAACAGAGACACAUCAAAGUCAGAUGCCCCAGAUGCCAUGGAUAUGUGGAGACACCACUAUGCUAGAGCAAAUCGAGAGGAAACGCACCCUAUGCAUGGAAAUCCGUUCCAGACAGCAUCCGCACUUGCAGAGAUCUCUGGAGAGGCCUCCUCCUCCUCUGCCAGACAGGAAUGAGGACAGGCACCAGGAAAGAAGUCAGUGCAAACAGGAAAAUACAUCUGUCCUUCCAAGCUGGGGAAAAAACGGCGGGACCAAGAAGAUCCGUCCUCCUCCAUACCCCACCCAGACAACGGCUUCAGGGUGGCCGCUGAGAGGACAAGAGGGAUGAUGCUCACUGAUGUCAAAGGACAAUGGUGGUUACCACAGCAAUAUUUCUGCUUGUUCAGGUUGUCAUGUUUCUUAUCAUCACUGGUGAUAUUUGAUAUUUUUCUAUUUCCUGUGACUGGACUCCUGUAAUGUAAUUAGUAGAGUAGAUAUUUGAUGAUGAAUAGAUAUUUUCUAAAUGAGAUGAUGGGGAUCAAAAGGAAACUUAAAUGAUGUAUAGUAGAUGUAGAUGCAAUCUAAAAUUUGUUUUUAUGUUAUUUUUGUUCAGGUUAUUUUACAUUUCAAAACAUAAUCUAUCGAUACUUGUACUGUAGUUGCAUAAUUUUCUUAUGCCAAGCGCUUUUUUUUUGUUUGUGCUUAAAAGCACUAAAAUGAAUGGACUAUUUAAUUCUGUCUAUAUAUACUUUACAUUUUCACUGUUGUAUUGUAAGUUGAGGAGUUUACGUCGCCGUGCUUUAGAUUCCAGGUCUCUCCAUGCCUGGUCCAGGAUGUUCUAGAAUGUACAACAGCUGGUCCUAGAACAGAAACAGGAAACUACUUGUGCUUCAGUUUGUAUUUAACAGUGAGAAACUGUGUGGUCACUACGUCAAAGCCUUUUAAAGCUGUUUCGCAGGAAAGCCUGUUGGCAUUUGUAGAGGACAGAGAUAGUGUGUAAUGUUUUUUGCUGUAUUCUAAAAUACACUAUGAGGGCGGGGUGGGGAGGUAGCAAAUUAGAACAUACAUUAUAAACAGGAUCAUUUUCCAAGACCAGCCAAAGCCUGUAAAAGCGAGAUAUGGGUGUGGUUGCACUUUGGAUGCUUGGUUAUUUAAAAUGGGAUUAGUGGCAAUAGCUGGCGAGUACCAGCAUCUUUACAUUGCCAUGCACACUGCAAAGCACCGUGACAGUGUAAAUACUUGACGCCAACGACCAGCCCGUACAAUCAACACCUGAGCUUUUAGAUUUCUUAAUUUCACUGCAGAUUAUAAUAGCCAUAUGCACUUGCUUAAGAAGUAACUUUCAAGUUUAUGCUUAUAUAUAUUUUUUGAAAUUGUAAGGAAUAGUGAGUUGUGCCAUGUAAGUUUUCAUUUAUUGGCUGAAAGGUAAAGCCUCAGGAGAAUGGCUGGGUGUGUGACAUACACUCAUCUAUAUUUGGGUGUCUCUGACAAUGUUUCCAAUCCAAUUCAAUGGCUGGCAACCAUUUUAGAGAUCAAAUUAUUGAAGGACCUAUCACAUGACAACAGCUUUAAGCUGUCAAAAAUGACGGGGAGGGGUUGCACAAGGGCCUGCAAUUCUGUCAGGCUACAAAAAAAUAAGUGAACUGCACUAACUCUCAUCUUCCUUCACAUUAAAUCAGGCUGGUUACAUACACAUUCAUCUCCCCCUGCUCUCUCCCUCUACCUCAACCUCUUAUUUGCAUGAAUUCAGUUGGUUCUCUUUUGCACAUUAAAAGGCAAUGUCAACAUUGCCAAAAUAGUAUGGGUUUAACAACAGCCCCUAAAGUGCAAGUGCAGUACCCCCUCUCUAUGAGAAUCAACGAAUCAGAAACCUUUGUUGGUACCAGUAUGCGUGUGAGGGAGAGAGCUGUGCGCGUGUGUGUGCGUGUGUGUGUGUUUAUGAGUGUGUGUGCCUGGCUACACUGUAUGCAAGUUGCUAGUUUAAAAAAAUGAUUGUCUUAAGACAUUCACUUUGCCCUCAUGAUGUUGGUGGGUGAAGGUUGGAAAUGUAACAAUGAUGAUGAUGUACAAUCUUUUUGUGUGUAUAAACGUGCACUGUGAAAAGGUAGAGAGAGCACCGCACCGUCAGUCCUCUGUCUUAUUGCACUGAGUGUUCUCUUGUUUUGCGUAAUAAAAAAAAAAAAGGAAUAAACAUGUUUGAGGAAUAAAGUACUGUAUUCUGAUUGUCACUUGGGUUCUGUUGAGAGAAAUAAAUAAAUAUGGACUUGAAACCUGCUAU